ACCAUAAGCCAGAUUCAGCAGUUUCUCAGCAUGGAAAAUCAGACCCAAAAUACAAUGGGAGCUUCUCCGUGUGAGGCUGAGCUUCAGGAGUUAAUGGAACAGAUCGACAUCAUGGUCAGCAACAAGAAACUGGACUGGGAAAGGAAGAUGCGGGCCUUGGAGACGCGACUAGAUCUUCGGGAUCAAGAGUUGGCAAAUGCACAGACGUGUUUGGAUCAGAAAGGUCAAGAGGUGGGGUUACUUCGACAGAAGCUGGACAGUCUGGAAAAAUGUAACUUAGCGAUGACUCAGAAUUAUGAAGGUCAACUUCAAACACUAAAAGCUCAAUUUUCCAAACUGACAAAUAGCUUUGAAAAACUGAGAUUACACCAGAUGAAACAAAACAAAGUUCGACGGAAAGAAUUACUAAACCUGAAAGAAGAAAUUCCAUUUGAACCAAGCAACUUGAAUGAGAAACUAGAGGAAUUUAGAGCGAAGUCAAGAGAAUGGGACAAGCAAGAGAUACUGUAUCAGACGCAUCUGGUUUCUUUAGAUGCUCAGCAGAAAUUAUUAUCUGAGAAGUGUAAUCAAUUUCAGAAACAGGCACAAAGUUACCAAACUCAACUCAAUGGUAAAAAGCAGUGUGCAGAAGACACUGGCCCUGAAAUUCCUCGGCUGGUGGGUGAGCCAGAUCCUCCUGCUUGUGAAACCAGUGAAGGAGAUGAGUUCAUUAUUGAGAAAUUAAAAUCAGCUGUGAGUGAAAUCGCACUAAGCCGAAAUAAACUACAAGAUGAAAAUCAUAAGCUCUUACAAGAACUGAAAAUGUACCAAAGACAGUGCCAGGCCAUGGAAGCAGGACUGUCAGAGGUGAAGAGUGAGUUACAGUCCCGGGAUGAUCUCUUGAGAAUUAUAGAAAUGGAAAGAUUACAGUUGCAUAGAGAAUUGUUAAAGAUGGGGGAGUUCCAAAACGCUCAAGAACACAAAAAAAGACUUGAAUCAUGUUACUCGCCUUGUAUUAAAGAACCGGAAAGAAAAAGGAAAGAACUCUUUUCAGUGGCUCCAGAUCAGCCAAAUCAUGAGAAGGAAUUGAACAAGAUUAGAAGCCAGCUCUAUCAGGAGGAAGAGUAUCAUAGCUCUGAACAGGAAAGAAUGAGGAAUGAAAUAUCUGACCUCACAGCCGAGCUCCAUCAGAAGGAGAUCACUAUAGCAACAAUCAUGAAGAAAGCUGCCCUUCUGGAAAAACAGUUAAAAGUGGAGCUAGAAAUUAAAGAAAAAAUGCUAGCAAAACAACAGGUGUCGGAUAUGAACUAUAAAACUGUCAGAACAGAAAACGCGCAUCUGAAAGGAAUGAUGGGAGAUUUAGACCCUGGACGAUACGUGGAGCACACAAGGUACACAUCGAUUAACAAACUGGAGUAUGAGAAUGAAAGGCUCCGAAAUGAUCUUGCAAAACUUCAUGGCAAUGGAAAAUCAGCAUGGACGAAUCAAAAUAUAUAUGCAGAUAGCGUGAGGCACGGCUACCAAAGCCCAAUGAAAAUGAAAGAAAACGAAGAUAGCCUGAGCCAAGACUGCGAGACAGCCACGAGCACAACGCCCCCACUGCCGCCUUUGAUGUUCCAAAGCAAGGAAAUGGCAAGCCCUUUGGUGAGCGAUGACGAAGUAUUCCCACUGUCCCCCCCAGAUAUGUCCGUCCCAGCUUCUUUGGCUGCCCAGCAUUUCCUUCUGGAAGAAGAGAAGCGAGCGAAAGAACUCGAGAAACUUCUAAAUACACAUAUUGAUGAGCUGCAAAGACACACAGAAUUCACUCUUAAUAAAUACACCAAGCUGAAACAAAAUAGACACAUAUAGCUUUUAAACUUUUUUUUUCAAUUUGUCUCCCCCCACCCCAAGAAGAAAGAAAGAAAAAAAAAGCUCUGGCAAAAUAUUUACAAAGCCCAUUCACGAAACUGAGAAAUUUUGUUCUGUAUUCUUGAGUAAAUCGUUUGUUAGGCAGCCAGAAAACAGUAUUUUAUUCCACAAAGCUAUUUGUUUUUCGGCAUUAACAUACUAAAUUGUUCUACUGUCGAGUUACGAUAAAAUAAACAUGACACCUCCAGCAGCAGUCUCUUCCCGGUCUACGGAGUAUUUUGGAAUUCACUGUGCCGUCUCCCCUGGAAUCAUGUUCCUCCGGACAACACAGAUAAGGGAAUGAGAGGUGCCACGUCCCAAAUACGACGAACGAAGUGCAGCCAGACGCACUAGGUGUGACAACUCAAGGAUUCCUAAAAAAUAUAUAUAUGAUUAAAGUAUUUGGGGCUACACACACACAAUGUUAUAUGGUUGUUGUUGUUUUUUAUAAAGAUUGCUUUAUUGUUUGUACAGUCACCUUUCUACUGCCUUUGUUUUUAACUCAGUAAAGGACAUGGAACGCGCUAUUCACACAUGUGAAAUACAUGCGCUAAAGAUGAAUGCUUUGCUGUUAGAACUAAUUACUGCACGGAUGUGAACAUGAUAAAGAAAAUAGAAAGCAUUAUUGUUGCUCCUUUCUCCUUUGUAACCACCUCUGUUUUUAAUGCAAUAAAGGGCAUACAAAAUUC